UUACUAUUGUCAGUUGUCAAUACUUAAAAACACCGGAGGGACGUCUAGUGCCGAAAUUUCAUUGAUAAAUAUUUUUAAGCUGAAAAAUGGUGUUUUUCAAAUUAUUUCACGCUUUUCCAAUUGUAUUUUUAAUUAUAAUAUGCAUCUCUAAAAUAUCCAAAGCGUCACGGGCUGAAUUUGUAACAUGCGGCACAAUGUUAAAGAUAAUGAACACAGAUUUGCAUCUUCGUCUUCACUCACACGAUGUCAAAUACGGUUCCGGUUCUGGCCAACAGUCGAUUACCGCUGUGGAUGUAACUGAUGAUCAUAACAGUCAUUGGCUAGUCCGACCAGCUAUGGGUGAAACUUGUAAAAGAGGGUCUCCAAUUAAAUGUAAUACCAACAUCCGGCUUCAGCAUGUAGCAACAAAGAAGAAUCUACAUUCACAUUACUUCUCAUCGCCACUAUCAGGAAACCAGGAAGUGUCAGCUUAUGGUGAUGAUGGCGGAGAGGGUGACAGUGGUGACAACUGGACUGUUGUGUGCAACAAUGACUACUGGAGAAGAGAUACUCCAGUGAAAUUAAGACAUGUUGACACAGCAGCGUAUCUGGCUGGGUCAGGCCGAACAUUUGGCCGGCCGAUCAGUGGUCAAGGAGAAAUAGUUGGCGUUACAUCUCAAUAUGGGGCAUAUACUGACUGGCAAGCAAUGGAAGGUUUAUUUGUACAUCCCAGUGAUCUGUUACCACACCAAGCAGCAAUUCAUACUGAAUUAUAGAACAAUUAUUAGAAAUUUUAAGUUCAUCAGAUUACAAUUUAUAAAUUUUUUACCAAAGAUUGAAUUAAUCUUUACAGUCUAGACCUCUAAAAUACUUAUUUAUUAUUUUUAUGUGGAUUCAAUAGGACUAAACACAAAUGUUUUAUUAAAUCAUACAAGCAAAAGAUGCUGUUAAAUGAUGCACAACUUUGUGAGAAUAAAUUGUGAUACAAAAAAUACACAAAUUUUAUUAAAACCUUUAUUGUCAAUUAUUAUCCUCUAAUUAGCGUAAUAAUAUUAAUAAUUAUUUUCUAAGAAAUGUUGCUAAAAAUGCAGUGCUUCAACAUCGUAAAAUCAUACUCAGAUAUUCCGAUCAACAAUUCUAUUUCUGAUGUUCAAAUCUAGACUAAAAAUAGUUUAGUCAUCAUAAACCCUGCCAUCAAAAAACAACAUGUGACCGAUACUAUAAAAUGUACACAAAAUGCAACCAAUAUUUAUUAAUUAUAAAUAAAUAAAUGUACUUCUUUAAUUUGGCCAAUAGCAAACACCUGGAAAAAUAAUUAUAUAUAAUAAAAGAUAUUUUGACUUUCAAUCAUUUAGAUUGUCUAAAUUGUGAACAUCAGAAUUAGUCAUAAUCAAAUAUUGAAGCACACAACCUUAAAAAAUAAGAGUUUAUAAAACUAAAAACAAUACAAAGGAUCAUUAUAUCGCACCAGUGUUUCAGUCAUGAUGCUUUUGGAUAAAAAUAUUUUAAGAGUGAAAAAUUUAAAAUAAUUAUGAAACUUCAUAUUAUAUCCCUCUAAUGUCAUGACCAAUCAUAAUCGCUCUAUAACUGUAAAAUAAGAAAUUUAAAAUGCAUGCUUAACGUAAGAUUAAAAUUCAAUACUUAGCGCUAAGUACAGCACUUAGU